CAAAUGAAAUAAAUUACUCCUCUUCAACACUUCCACAGGAAGCCAAGCGAAAACCCGCAACAAUGGCGCGAACGCAGAGACCCCCACGUCGCUCUCUAACCCCAAUCGUGGGGAAAGAGGGGCAUGUUGUUGAUGCUAAUCCCCCAGAAUGCGAUGAAACAGGGAUGGGAGAGAAAUGUCACUCUCAGGGGGAGUAUUCGUUUGUGCUCGUUAAUCCGAAUGAAUUUGAUAGUGUUAGCAAAUCUUAUCUUCAGGCAGUAUUAUUAUUAUACAAAAGGGAACUGCCCGCAAUGGUCUAUGCUGCAAAUACUGGGAAGCAAUCAACUUUUAUGGAGAAAUGUGUAUCUAAUGGGAAAUAUUGUACAUUGCUGUUGAAAUCCACAUCUGAGGCUGAUCCAGGAACGAUCAUAGCUGCAAUUACCUACCAAAUAGUUCCUGCUGACACGCAAUAUGCUGAGAUUCCUCUUGCUGCUGUCAGUUCAGCUUACCAACACAAGGGUUUUUGUCGCAUACUAUACAUGGAACUUAGAAAAAGACUUCAAAGUGUUGGGAUCCGCACAAUAUUCUGUUGGGGAGACAAGGAAUCCGAAGGGUUUUGGUCCAAACAGGGUUUUUUGUCCAUAGCAGAAGUGGACACCAAGGGAAAAGCUCGUAGAAUACCUGUUAGAGCUGACAUUCGUAGAGCUUUAUGCUUUCCGGGUGGUUCUACCCUCAUGGUUUCACACAUUUACCAGGGAAGUUCAACGUGUUCAGCAGACAGGCCAAAGUCACGUACUCUAUUAAAGCCUGAUGUCCCUAUAUCGUAUGAACUUGCCAAAAGAACUAGUGUCGCCAGUCAAGGUUGCAAGGUUUCAAAUGCAAUUGACCAGCAGACCACUGAGAAUUUGAAUUUCCAACCUGAAGAGUUUGCAUCUUUGGUGCCCCUUGGAGGAGAAAACAAGAUUCAUGAUUCUCAGAACCAGGACGCAGUGCCUGAUUGCAAUGGUCCAGUUUUUUUUGCAGAAGUAGAGAACCGAAAGACAGCUAGUAAUGCAGAAUUAACGAAGAAUAUUGGUAAUUUAGAUGAGAUACAAUGUUCCUGUUCUACCCAGAGAGCAAAGAGAGUUUGGGAAGCAUCACUUUCUUCACUGAAGUCAAAGAAAGUAAAAGGAGUCCAUCUGCAACAUUCCCGUCCAGACUCUAUCAGAAGUUUUGUUCCUGAAAGUAAUGGAUGUGAUACCUGCUCUCAAGCAUGCUCAUUAGCCAAUUCAAAGCAUGAGAUUUUGGCUAGUGUUCCCCCUAAAAAUCCUUCAACCAGUAAAUAUACACAAAAUUUCUGUGAAGAAAUUGGAAGUGUUAAUGUGGCAUCAGAGGACCUCGUUAGCAAAGGACUUCACACGUUAGGAAAAUCAUUUAGAAUAAUGUUGAUGAAUAUUGCUGAUGAAGCUAAGAAAACUCAGCUCGUGAAGGUGAUUGAGGAACUUGGUGGCUCUCUUACAUCUGAUGGGAGUACAAGCACCCAUGUCAUAACAGGAAAAGUCCGGAAAACUCUCAAUUUCUGCACUGCUCUCUGUUCGGGAGCCUGGAUUGUCUCCCCUAGUUGGUUAAAAGAAAGCUAUCGGGAAGGCAGAUUUGUAGACGAGUUUCCAUACAUACUAAAUGAUGACGACUACACAUCCAAAUAUAGAGCCAGCCUAAAAACUGCAGUUCUCAGAGCAAAAGCUCGUCCUGGAGCUUUAUUUGAAGGGUAUGAUGUUUGCAUAUCAGCUCACGCUCAACCACCACCGAAGACUCUUUCCGUGAUAGUCAAGUCAGCCGGUGGAAAUGUUAUUAAUGGGCUGGGUAAAGUUAGUAGAGUAUCGGAAACGAUAUUUGUAGCGUGCGAGGAAGACGUGGAGGAAGCUUUAAUGGCUAUAAAAGAAGGCAUAUGGACAUUUAACAGUGAGUGGCUGAUGAGCUGUGUGAUGAGACAAGAACUAGAUAUGGAGGCCCCUCAGUUUGCUGAGUCCCUAUAAGCAUGAAGGUUGGCUUUCAGUUUUGGUCUCCAAGCCAUUUCGCCCUUGUAAAUUACUCUUUCUCACUCACUCUGAUUUGGUAGUUAAACAAUCUUUUGUUGUUCCAUCUUUAUAUAUAUAUAUAUAUAUAUAGGUUCAUUAGUAUGUAAAGAAUAAUUUUAUGGAAAGAAGAUUGCUGAAGUUUCGUGGGA